AUGGGGAACUUAAUUCACAAAAAGGCCUCUAAUGAGGUCUGUAGAACUGUCUAUCCCUGUACGUCAUACUCCCGUGAUUUGCCAAAUUUCGAAGACCCGAACAAGAAAUUUUCCAACAAUUAUGUAAAAACCACAAAAUAUACACUUUGGAAUUUUCUCUUCCUUAAUUUAUGGGAGCAAUUGCACAGACUCGCUAACUGUUAUUUCAUUUUCAUCCUGGUGCUCAACUUCAUGCCACGGAUUGAGGCAUUUGGGAAAGAACUAGCGAUACUCCCAGUCGCAGCAGUGUUAGCCCUAACAGCUCUUAAAGAUGGCCUUGAGGAUUUAAGGAGAUUUCGUGCAGACCAAAUUGUAAAUAAUACGGAAGUGAAUGUUUUUAGUGUAGAAACAGGGCAGUACGUGAAACGAAAAUGGGCUGAACUUCGUCCAGGAGAUUUUGUUAAACUUGCUACGAACGAAGUCAUCCCUGCAGAUAUUCUACUUUUGAAAUCUUCUGAUAUCUCUGGAAUGUGUCACACGGAGACAUCUAACUUAGAUGGUGAAUCGAAUCUGAAACAACGUGAAUGUGUCCAUUUUCCUGAGAUAAAGGCAAGCUUAUUCUUUCAUUUUCAUUUCGAAUUCGCACUCUGCUAG